CUUACAUAGAGAUGUGUAAACAAUCGAGUCUAAGCUUAGAAACCAACUCUUUUUAAAUUUGAGAAUGAAAUUUAAACAAUUAAGUUAUCAGUUGCACUUUGAUGACUUUAAUAUACAUCAGGGAGUUACUGUUCUACUAGUGUCGGACAAAAAACUCGCCUGUAAGUAAAACUAUGAUGUAGUUCACUCAAAAUUUCAUUUCCAUGUUGAGGCGAAGACGGCAGCGUGUUGGUCCCUCAGAUAACAAUGGCACAAUGAUAGAGAUCCGUCCCGGACGUAAGCUGAGAAUUCGACAUUUUAAUGCCAAACCAAGAGAUGAAAAAUUUGAAAAAGAAAUGCAGCUGUAUAUCCAAAACAAGCAAAGAAAUGCUCACAUAUCAGGCCCCCUUACUAUGCCAAAAAUGGCUCAUAACUCAACACAAUUGAACAAACCUUUUUGUGAUAAUCUCAUGCUAAAUGAAAAAUUAAGUGCAGGAGACGGUUUACAGUCUGAGAAGCAGUACACAUCUGAGGUUACAUUAAGUAAAGUAGCACAUAUAUCCCCUGCUAAGUCAUUAACAAAGAGCAUGAAUUAUGAAGGAGAAACAAAUUCUUUUACAGGAAGUGCAGCAGAAUCACCAUUGCAUCAUGGGAUUACAGAGAAGAAUAUUAGGUCUGCCUCUAGUGUUCAGGUGUCAUUACAUAAUGCUGGCAGAAGACUCAAUGAUAUACAACCCUCUAACGAAUCAGGUCUUUCACAGUUGAGAGAAGAUGAACGUGAAAAGCAAUAUAAUGAGCUGCCAAGUUCACUUGAUCUUCGUAAUUCUACGCCCCAUUCUAAAAUACAUGAUGUGUCCUCCCAUCCCGACUUGCAAAAGCAACUACAGAAUCAAAUUUCAAGUUCUAGUGAAUCAUCUACAUCAAAUCAAAAACUUACUCAUGAAGACGUUGUUUUAUUUUUUAUUCAUGGAGUAGGUGGCUCCUCUGAUGUGUGGUGUUCACAGUCUAAAUAUUUUGCGAGUCGAGGAUAUGAGAUUGUCAUUCCUGACUUGAUAGGGCAUGGAUUUAGCUGUGCACCCAAAAAUGCCAAAGCUUAUCAUUUUAAAGAAAUAGCUGCAGACUUAGAAGAACUGUUUGAUAAAUAUUGCAAGAGAAGAAAUAUUAUUGUUGGUCAUUCAUAUGGUGCAUCUUUUGCUACAUUGUUAGCCAGAAACAGACCCAGGCGCGUCUACAAGUUAAUACUUAUAAGUGGCGGGCCACCUACCCCACUGGCUCCCCAGCCUGGGGUUUUCACCCUGCCCUACUGCUUGCUGGCCUGCAUAAAGCCAUGCCUUGUCUGUGGGUUCCACAAAGGUGCGUUUCACAAAAGAAGAAAACCUGUGAUCUCAAAGGAAGAAGCCUUUAACGUGCCUGCCUAUGUCCUGCAGAAUGUGAUGAAUGGUCAGGACUGGCCUGAUGGGGACGAGCUGUUUCACAACUGGCUUACCUGCCCUUGUUUGCUCAUCUAUGGGGAUCAGGAUCAGCUGGUGUCACUCAGGGAUGAGGAGGAGAUGGCCAAGGUUUUAUUGAACUCAAAGCUUCAAGUGAUCAGAGAUGCUAGCCACAUGGUGAUGAUAGAGGCACCAGAUGAAGUGAAUCAACUCUUGGAACAGUUCAUCCACGAACCUGAAGGUCCAUCCACUGGCUACCGUAACAACUAUGCAGCUCAGAAGUGCCUAAAUCAGUCAACGUCUUUUACCAACAGCCAAAAAUCUUCAAAGCAUACUUUACCUCAAACCUUUAUAAGUAAAAGUAUUCUAAUUUAAAAUAAUUAUUAGGUGUUUUUAAGGGUGUUUUAAUUUUUAUUUUUAUUGAUUUACUAUAAAUAAAAUGCAUUAU